AUGGCGGAUAGUGAGGAGAACCCUUUCGUGGUUGACCACACGGAUGGGAACACGGAGCCCUUUCUGACGGCCGCAGAAUUGCCAUCACCUGCGGCCGCGGGCGGAAUGGAGGGAGGAAGGGUAAAAGACGAGCCACAAAGACAACAGCAGCAGAAGGAUGUGGAGGAGGCGAAGGGAGACGUGUCGAGUCUUAUCCCGCUCUGCGUGCAGCAUGCCAGUGGGCCACAGAUAAACAGCGCCGUCUUUGGAUAUGACAUCGCGCAGAUGCAGAAGCGCCCAUGGGACGACCCCGCGGUAAACCUCAAGGACUACUUUAACUACGGCUUCAACGAGACCAGCUGGAGGCUGUACUGCGCGAUGCAGGCAGGGGGCGAGGCAUCGCUGCUGACGGGGACGAAUGCCUUUUUGUCACAACCAGCCGGCCCUGCAAUGAAGAACAACGCCAUGGAGGAGGUUGUGGAGGGAGACGGAGCGUCGUACUAUGUUCCGCCCCAAGGAUCCUCCCACGCGUACUACGCUGCACCGCGUGAUAACUUCCUCAAGACAAAGCUCUGUCAACGCUUUGCGCUAGGCCGUUGCGUGAAGGGUGAUCAAUGCAGCUAUGCCCACGGGCACGGUGAGCUGCGAUCUGCCCCCCCGGUGCAGCAUCAGCAUCAUCACCAACAGCAGCAGCAGCAGCAGCAGCAGCAGCCUCCGUCAUGUAUCCUUCCCCCCUUUCAUGUAGAACAAGGCUACAUGCCAUCGAUGGGUAUGCCGCCGACGGGUGUUCUCGAGCCCACUGUUGCGGGCAACUACCACGUGAUGCCCAAGCGCCAACGCUCUCCCGAUGGCGCUGAGGGGCAGGUCUACGAUGCGUCGUACUAA